GUUAGAAGCCAGGAAUGCAGCAGCUUAUUAGUAGGCCGCGCAAAGAAGGAGAGAGAGGGGUGAGAUUACAGGACUCGGCAGAGCCGUUCGUAGCAUCCCUACCCUUUCAAAACGCUCUCAUUGUGGGUGGGCUUUGAGCUGGGACUUAGUUGUCUCUUUGGUCCCUCCAGUGUUUAUCCCUCCUUGCUCUCCCCUCAAAAAAACCCGUAGAAGCGGAAAAAAAAAAACAAAGCAGCCCACCACUGUACUCAUAUUCCCUCCUUUUCUUCCCCCAUUCUCUGAAACUGCAGCACUUAGGAAGAAGAGGAUGAGAUGAAGAAAAGCGGCGGAUCACAACAUCUCCAUCUCUUGGUCUUAUUUCUCCUCUCUUUUGCUGGCUCGGCGUUCGGAUUCUCGAGCCAUGGGCUGACGGACGCGGAGGCCGGGCUCAUCCGGCAGCGGCAGCUCCUCUACUACCGGGACGAGUUCGGGGACCGGGGGGAGUCCGUGACGGUGGACCCGUCCCUCAACUUCCCCAACUCCCAUCUCCGGGACGCCUACAUUGCCCUCCAGGCCUGGAAGCUGGCCAUCAUCUCCGACCCCCUCAACCUCACCGCCAACUGGGUCGGAUCCGACGUCUGCAGCUACACCGGCGUCUUCUGCGCUCCGCUCCCCUCCGACCCCCACCUCAUCGUCGUCGCCGGCAUCGACCUCAACCACGGCGACAUCGCCGGCUACCUCCCUGAGGAGCUCGGCCUCCUAACCGACCUCGCCCUCUUCCACAUCAACUCCAAUCGCUUCUGCGGCACCAUCCCCCACAAGUUCGAGUGCCUCCACCUCCUCUUCGAGCUCGAUCUCAGCAACAACCGCUUCGCCGGCAAGUUCCCGGACGUCGUCCUCCGCCUCCCUUCCCUCAAGUACCUCGAUAUCCGGUUCAACGAGUUCGAGGGAGGAGUCCCCAAGGCCCUGUUCGACAAGGAUCUCGACGCCAUCUUCAUCAACCACAACCGCUUCGCCUUUGAUAUCCCCGACAACCUCGGCAACUCCCCCGUCUCCGUCAUCGUCCUCGCCAACAACCGCUUCCGGGGAUGCGUCCCGGCCAGCCUCGGCAACAUGUCCAAGACCCUCAACGAGAUCAUCCUUCUCAACAACGGCCUCCGAUCUUGCCUCCCUCCCGAGAUCGGCCUCCUCAAGGAACUCACCGUCUUCGAUGUCAGCUUCAACCAGCUUGUCGGCCCCCUGCCGGACUCCAUCGCAUGGAUGCGCAGCCUCGAGCAGCUGGAUGUCGCCCACAACCUCCUCUCCGGCCAGAUCCCGGCCGCGAUCUGCACUCUGCCCCACCUUCAGAACUUCACCUUCUCUUAUAACUUCUUCACAGGAGAGCCGCCGGUGUGCCUGAAGGUGCCGUCCUUCAACGACAGGAGGAACUGCCUGCCCGGCCGGCCGGCGCAGAGAUCCGCCGCGCAAUGCAAGUCCUUCUUGUCCCAUCCAGUGGACUGCAACUCCUUCCGAUGCGCGCCGUUCGUGCCGGCGCUCCCUCCCCCGCCGCCUCCUUCGCCUCCGCCUCCAGUUUACUCCCCGCCACCACCAUCCCCGCCGCCGCCAUCUCCUUCUCCUCCACCACCUUCUCCGCCACCACCGUCUCCGCCCCCGCCGCCGCCUUCCCCACCUCCACCAUCUCCCACCACCUGUGCCACCUUACCAUUAUGCAUCACCACCACCGCCCUCUCCUCCACCACCCUCAAAGCCAUGUGAAACUCCACCACCACCUCCUCCCCCUCCACCCCCUAAACCCUGUGAGACUCCACCAUCACCACGGCCAUCUUCUCCAGCACCACCACCUCUAUACGAAGGCCCAUUGCCGCCUGUUAUUGGGAUCUCAUAUGCAUCGCCUCCUCCUCCUCCGUUCUAUUGAUUCUUUUGAGAAUUGUCCUCCUCACCCUCCUCCCACCCUCCAUUGAUACAGAAGAAAGUAUGUUUUUCGGAUUCUCGUCAUGCUUGUUGUCUAUUGAAUCUCCAAUGUUUUUGUUCCUCUCGCCACCUCUGCUGUUGACUACCAUCCGAUGGAGGGUGGAAAGAAGAAAGCAGAAAUCACUCAACACAAAGCAUUCAUCAUGGUGAUGAAGAAGAGAUAGAGAACACAUGGAGAAGGGAGGGGCAGGGGAUUGGGGGCAAAGCUCUCCAUAUUAAUUAUAUCUGCAUUGUGAAUAAAUGGCUGAGAGAGAGAGAGACAGAGUAGAUGCAAGGAACAUCAAUGUAUAGAGAGCAUGAGAUUCAAGAACAAGUAGAUUAAAUUGUGGUAUUAUCCCCCUUCUACUAUACUUUGUUCUUUUCCUUCAUUUAUAUAUGGUGAUCAUUACUUAUGAAUUCUUCAAGCUCUGUCUUGGUUAUCAU